CCGGUAAAUGUUUGUUUGAUCGAUAUACACAAGAUUAAAUAAGAACCCCAAGCAGCUCCUGUAUUUAUUUGAUAGUGCAAAGCGGAAACAUGGAAAAUGAAAAAAAGAAAUCUCUUUUGGAAAAAUACAACAUACCACUGCACUAUUUGGACUUUGCCCAUGUGGAAAAGUGUACAAAUGCCCGGGAAAUGGAGAAAAUCGUCCAAGUCCUGCGUUCCGGCCAGGAAGGACAUUAUCCGGACUUGCAACGAUGUGCGGAGGAGAAACUAAAGGCACUGAAACCGGACAGUAAGCUAUUUCGCUACGAGGAGCAGAUAAAGCAAAGCAAUGUCUUGGACAAAACCGAACUAAAGCCAAUUCUGGAUUGGACUGACGCCAUUAAAACAAAGGAUAGUGCCCUCAAUGAGCUGAAGAAAGUUAAGCAGAAUUUGAAUCUUCCAUCUGUGCGUAAACCUUCCAAAAUCGAUGUGGAUGCAGAAAGUAAAACUGAAACCCCAAAACCAGCGCCAAAGGCCCCAGCCCAGCCUAAUACCAAAAAUAAGGAAGCUCGAAUUAAAUCCACGGAUUAUAGUAAAUGGGAUAAGUACGAUCCCGAUGAGGAGAUACUGCGCAUGGAUUUGGAUGAGGAACGCGACCAGGAGCAGGUAGAGAAAAUCAUUGCCACUCACAAAAAAUCGGUUGCCACUGAUGAUUUGAGAAGCGAAAAGGAUUCUCUAUAUGAACGCCUCCAAGCACAGCUAAAAAACCUAAGCCAACUGGAGAGGGAGCAAUUUGCCGAAAGACAUCGACUGCGUGGCAACGAGAGCUUCAAGGCCAAGGAAUAUGAAAAUGCCAUUGAGGAAUACAACUGCUCCAUUUUAUACGAUCCUGAAAACGCAGUACACGCUUACAAUAAUCGCGCUGUCGCUCAUUUCAAGUUGAAGAAAUACUUUUCGGCCAUAUCGGAUUGCCAGGCCUGUCUGCAGCUCGACCCUAUGAAUGUUAAGGCGCACCUUCGUAUGGCAGAGGCCCACAAUGCCGAAGGAAGACACCUUGAGUCCCUAAGCAUUUACAAAAAGGUACUGGACUUUGAGCCGGGUAAUGCCAUUGCCACGAAAGCCGUGGAGAAGCUUACUUCGAUGUUGGGAGAGGUGGCUCCGUCCAGUGCCACACGUUUGAAAAUUGAGGAGAUCGAUCCUCCGCAACUGAAGACUUCCGAAGCCAAGAAAGAGGUUGUGAAAAGCUCCACAACUGUGGUCAAGAAAACCGAACCACCCAUUAAGGACUACGAUCUAGCCGAGUUGGUCAAGCCAAAUCGCAUGGUCAAAAGCAACUUGGUGUCAGCCGCAGAAGCCUUGGGCAAUAAGCUGCAGGCCAACAAGGGAGGUGCUCCCAAGAAGCCACAAAGUCCGCCCUCGACACCAAAGGAAGCCAUGCUGCGUUUGCCACAGGACAACCUCAACACCAGCAAUAAACUUCUAAUACAGGAGAUUUAAAUAACUAGAUACUGUAUCUGCAGCAUGAGGUUUUUACGGUUGUAAACUUAUUUAAAAAUAUAUGUAGUCCAAAUAA